UAUACAGAUUUAAUUAUGAAGUGGCAGUAUAGAGAGCAUCCCUUCGAGAAGAGGCGUGCUGAAGGGGAGAAGAUCAGAAAGAAGUAUCCUGAUCGCGUCCCGGUCAUUGUAGAAAAGGCUCCAAAGGCUCGUAUUGGUGAUCUGGACAAGAAGAAGUACCUGGUGCCGUCUGACUUGACCGUGGGGCAGUUUUAUUUCCUCAUUCGGAAACGCAUUCAUCUCCGUCCAGAAGAUGCUUUGUUUUUCUUCGUCAACAAUGUAAUUCCUCCAACCUCGGCUACUAUGGGGUCCCUCUACCAGGAACAUCACGAGGACGAUUUCUUCCUGUACAUUGCCUACAGUGACGAGAGUGUCUACGGCUGUUAGAGAGAGAGAGAGAGAGAGAGAGAGAGAGAGAGAGAGAGAGAGAGGGAG